AAUCAUCUCCAAAGUUUCUCUAAAAAAAAUUUGGCCGCCUAUCAUUUUUGAAGCUCCGUAUUUUACCGUUUUGGGCAUUUUCCCAAAAAUAUUUGCUCUACCUUCCCCAACAACACCGGUGAGCGUUUUCAAAAAAAAAAAAAAAACAACACCGGUGAGCGUGCAAAGACACCGGCGCCGACAUUCAUCCCUCCCUGAGGUUCUUCUCUUUCAGCUUCUUCCCCGCCGGGAAUUACUCCGACCGAAUCCGAACAGUAAUAUGAUCGUUUCUCUGCUUACCGCCGUCAUACUCUGCACGAUACCUCCGCCCGUUCGUUCCCACUACCACUGGCCGUCCGCCGGCGCCGCUCCCCUGCAAUCGGAGUGGCGGUCGGCUCGCGCCACCUUCUACGCCCCGGAGGAUCCGCGAGAUGCUGUCGGCGGGGCCUGCGGGUUCGGGGAUCUGGAGAAGGGCGGCUACGGCAAGGCCACGGCGGGGCUGAGCACGGUUCUGUUCGAUCGAGGCCAGAUCUGCGGCGCCUGCUUCGAAGUCAAGUGCGUGGACGACACGCAGUGGUGCCUCCCCGGAACUUCCAUCAUUGUGACGGCGACGAACUUCUGUGCUCCCAAUUACGGCUUGGAAUCCGGCGGCGGCGGCGGCCCCUGCAACCCGCCCAAUCCGCAUUUCGUGCUGCCAAUCGAGGCAUUCGAGAAGAUUGCGAUUUGGAAAGCUUCAAAUAUGCCGAUUAAGUAUCGCAGAAUUAAGUGCAGAAAGGAAGGGGGAGUGAGGUUCACGAUAACGGGAGCGGGGAUCUCCCUGACAGUGCUAAUCAGCAAUGUCGCUGGUGCGGGCGACGUGGUGGCAAUGAAAAUCAAGGGUACGCAAACAGGGUGGCUUCCCAUGGGCAGAAACUGGGGGCAAAAUUGGCACAUAAAUGCCGACUUCAAAAACCAACCUCUUUCGUUCGAGUUAACCACGAGCGAUCGACUCACCCUCACUUCUUACAGUGUUGCUCCCAAAAAUUGGAGCUUCGGGCAGACCUUUGAAGGUAAGCAAUUUGAACUAUGAAUCUUAACCAGUGCGGCAAAUUAGG